GGCCGUGGGGUCCCCCGGUGUCCCCUCGCGGAGCUCGGGUGGGCUCCGGAGGGGCGGGCAGCGGGAUGGCGGCUCUGCCGGGGGCUGACCUCGCGCUCACCCCGCACCACCGGCCCCAGUGUGGGUGCUGCGGUGGGGCCGGACCCACAUCGGACCCAGCUGCGGGGCCGGGAGCCGCGGCCCUAUUUAAGCGCCGGCCACAGCCCCUCACAUGAUGGGAGCGUGACCGCUGCGAGCCCCGGCACCGGGCUGCGAGCACGAUGGCGCUGGGCAGAGCGCGGCCCCGAGGGGCGGCCGGCCGCGGGGAGAGCACCCGGCUCCUGCCACAGGUGUCCAGGCUGGUGGAGCUGCCCUACUCCUCCUCUGAUGAUGACAAUGAUGGAGACACGGACCUUCCCGCAGCAGAGUCAGACCCUGGUGUGAGCUGCCGCAUCCCCCCCGCACCGAGCACCUUCAGCCAGUGCGUGCGGUACCUGGCCUUCCUCUGGAACCUGCUCUUCCUCCUGCUGGGGCUGCUGGCCCUGGCCACGGGGGUCUGGGGGCUGCUGGCCAAGGGCUCGCUGGCCGGGGAGCGCUUUGUCCCGCUGGGCUCUGACCCCAUGCUGCUCUUCGUGCUGGCGGGGCUGGGGGCCAGCGCCGUGUCCCUGGCCGGCUGCCUGGGCGCUCUGCGCUCCAGCCCCUGCCUGCUGCGCUUCUUUGUGGGCGCUGUGCUCGCCUUCGCGGGGCUGGAGGUGCUGGGGGGGCUGCUGCUGCUGGCGGCACGGCACCGGCUGCGGGACGCGCUGCGGGACGCGCUGCUCCUCUGCCUCCUGCGCUACCAGGACGAGCCCGACCUGCGCUUCCUGGUGGAUGAGGUGCAGCGGAGCCUGCGGUGCUGCGGCCUCGGCUCCUACCGCGACUGGGAGGCCAACCCGUACUUCAACUGCAGCGCCCCGGGAGCGCAGGCGUGCAGCGUCCCCGCGUCCUGCUGCCUGGACCCGUGGCAGAACGGCACCGUGGCCAAUGCCCUGUGUGCCGCCGGGGCGCUGCGCCUCGGGGACGUGGUGGCCGGCACCGUGGUGUACGUGGGGGGCUGUGUGGCUCAGCUCAGCGCCUGGCUCCGCGGCCAGGCCGGUGCCAUCGCGGCCGGUGCGGCCGUGCUGGUGCUGGUUGAAGCCAUCGGUGCGCUCAUGGCGUUGAAGAUGCUCGGAGACAUCACAACGCGGGAGUGAGGGUGCGGUGGGGGGCACCGUGGGGUUGGGGACAUGGUGGUGGGUGAUCCGACCCCGAAUAAACCUUGUCAGAAA